AUGGACAUUAACGAAAUACGUGACCGACUGCUAAAUGUAAAAAUUGUCGGCAUACCAGAAUCAAUCAACGAAGACCUGAAUGACACCAUCUUGACAGUAUGUAAACACAUCGGAUUUGAAAUCAAUAUAAAUGACAUUCUGCAGAUGGCGUCAAGAAAAAACCUCUCAGAAAAUGAAAUUCAAAACCUCCUUCUGGACGUUCGUGAUGAAGAUGAAGUGUUUCUUGGGGAUGAAUUAGAAGAUGAACUGGAUGAAAUUAUUCCCGAUUUUCGCGAUGAACAGGUUCCUGUCGAAGAGGAUGGCUUUAACCAUGAAACAGAUCUUGAAAGUUCGGAAGAAGAAAUUGAAGAGGAUAUUGUCCAGGUUAGAAUCACAAAUUCUCCAGUAACAGUUCUUACAGUACCCGAAGUUUUGCGAGGUAAAGGAACAAAAAAGCAAAGAACUAGCGAAAAAUUUCUAUGGUAUGGGACUCAUCGCCGUUCCUCGCGUACUCCACAAAGAAAUAUAAUAUUUCAUGCACCAGGAAAUAAAACUCUUGCUAAAUUUACUACCAGUGCCUUAGAUAGUUGGAAGUUAUUUUUUACGGAUGAGAUUUUGCAUAUGAUAGUAACUUAUACUAAUCUUGAGAUAUCUGAACAGCGCAAGAAGUAUAAGUCAGACAGGCCAAUAGCAUCUCAAAAUGAUGAUGAUGAUGAUAAUUCUGUUCCUACGAGUAUUCGACCUUCUUUUGUCCGAGAUGUAACCGUAACCGAAUUAAAAGCUCUCUUUGGCUUAUACUAUUUAGCUGGAGUUUUAAAAAUUAAUCACCUGUCUGUCAAACAAAUAUUUGAUAAAAAUACGGGCAUCAACUAUUUUCGGUCUACUAUGAGUGAGAAAAGAUUCGAAUUUUUGACAAAUUGUCUUCGAUUUGAUGAUCGUCCGACCAGAGCUGAAAGAAGACAACAUAGUAAAUUGGCACCAAUAAAAGAACUGUUCGAUCACAUUGUUGAAACUUCAAAAAGUCUUUAUUCACCUUCAGAUUGCACAACGAUUGACGAGCAAUUACUUGGGUUUCGCUGUAGAUGCCCAUUCCGUAUGUAUAUUCCAUCAAAACCCGAUAAAUAUGGAAUAAAACUGUUAAUGUUUUGUGAUGCAAAAUCGUAUUAUAUGAUAAAUAGUAUAAUAUACACUGGAAAAGAUUCUACACCACGUGAAUUACCAGUGGCUGAGUAUUACGCAUUGGAGCUUUCAACUUCUAUUCAUGGGUCUAAUAGAAAUAUCACGUACGAUAACUGGUUUACUUCAAUCCCUGCUGCCGAAAAACUCUUAACCAAAAAUGUUACAACAGUUGGAACAAUGAAAAAAAAACAAAACAGAAAUCCCUACUCAUUUUUUGGAAACCAAAAACCGCCUCAAGAACACAUCAAUGUUUGCUUUUCAUGA